UCACUGCCGCAACUUGCCGCACCACACAUACAGAAUUCAACGCUCAUUAACAUUUCCGACAACUACUCUAAUCAUACACAAGACAAUUGACCUAGCAGUAUUACUCAUCGAACUCAUCAACUAUGCCCCUCUCGGACAUGCCUUUGAGAGGCUGAAUUUAGAGGACGUGUUGGGCGUGUUGCGGCACGGAUGCGGUAGUGGGCGCGGCAGCAAUUCUAGACCACUCACUUUACAAUGACUUGUCACUCUCGACUAUGAUCUGUCUGCGAUGGACGUCGACGUUGAUCUAGAGUGCCUUGGUAUACUUGAAUAGCGAAUGUUCGAACUCUCGUUGGCCGCAGGUGCUGCAGGGAAUGAACAAUGGGGAAAAGACGCUGGCACGCACCAAGACCGAUGGAAUCCAUAUGUGUGCACCUGAGCAUCCAGAUGAUACGAUAG